AUGUCCGACUACAACCAGUACAACAACCAGUACGGCCAGCAGCAGGGCGGCGGCUACUCCCAGCAGGGCGCUGGCUACGGCGGUCAGGACCAGUACGGCCAGCAGCAAUACGGCGGCCAGCAACAAUACGGCCAGCAGCAGCCUGCAUACGGCCAGGAGGGAUACUCCCAGCAGCAGCACCACCAGCACCAGGGCUACGGCCAGCAAGGCGGUGACUACAACCAACAAGGACAGUACGGCCAGCAACAACCCGGCUACGGUCAGCAGCAGGGUUACGGCCAGGAGGGACAGUACGGCCAGCAACAAGGACAGUACGGCCAGCAACAACACGGUCAGGAGGGCCAGUAUGGCCAACAGCAUCAAAGCUAUGACAACCAAGGUGCUCCAGACGGCGCCCAAGAAGGCGAGCGCGGCCUCGGUGGCGCUCUUGCCGGCGGUCUAGCCGGUGGUUUCGCCGGCCACAAGGCAAACCACGGUAUCCUGGGAACAAUCGGUGGCGCCAUCAUGGGCAGCAUUGCCGAGGACUUUGUCAAGGACAAGAAGCGCGACCACAGCCCCAACCCUCCCCAGGGUGGUAGUGGUAGCAGCUUCAGCGGCUACUUCAACAAGUAA